AUGGCUUCUUGCUCGACCGUUCUGAGAUGCGCGCUUGUGCUCUGUGCCGUAAACAGCGUUCCUAUUGUCAGCAGUUCCCAGAUCUGGCACAACCCGAAUAAGAUCAGCGUGCAACUACCUGCCGGCGGAGCAGCAUCAGUAUACACUGGAGGGAAGCGGGGCUGCCACAAGUCUGCCCCGUCGUACGAGUUUGUGGAGUACGUGCCAUCCGCUUGGGAGGCUGACUGGCACCUGCACGCGUCAGAGUACAGCACCAAGAUCUGCGAGACAAUGCAGAAGCACACCGACCGCGUGGAGCACUGGAUGGCCAUGGCACAGCGCUACAACGAAACUGGACCCUCCCAGUCUACUCUCUCCGCCUUCAACGCAACAACCUUCCCCAAAUUCGUCUACAGGAAUGUGUGCCCGAGCAACGGGCUGCCUCGCAGCCUGGAGGUUCCCAUGGAGCCGCUGGUGGGCCACCUGCGCAACCCCUACUGGGGCGCCUGCCCAUUCCCCAAUAAACCCAAGGAGGGGGUCAGCACCUCAGCUGACGUGUGGUGCAAACUGCAGGAGGUGCCAGUCGAGGAUCGGGAGUACCUGAUCAUGAACGCGGUGCCAUCCCAGUUCUUCCGGGCUGUCUACCCAGGGCGCAAGUACUUGUUCGACCUGGGCACAUCCCAUUACAACACCAGCCUGUCAUGGGUCACCGAUCGCUACAAGGCGCUGGGCGUUGACUUUGAUGAGAUCUGGGCCUGGGAGGUGUCCCCAGAGCUUGCCAAGGACCCCUACCAGAAGUACUGGAAGUAUGUGCCGGAGGAGAUGCAGCCCAAGCUGCACUUCUACAAUUUUGCCAUCAGCGGCAACCACAACUCACCCUCCUACCCCAUGAACAUCAUCCGCAGCGUCUACAAGCCAGGCGACUUCAUAGUGGUGAAGAUGGAUGUGGAGGGGAAUGUGGCAGUGGAGGAGGGCAUGCUCAAGCCCUUCCUGCAGGAGGCCGGUGCCGCCAAGUACGUGGCCGAGUACUUCUACGAGCUGCACUUUGGCAAGGACAUCUUCAACCUGGAGGACCAGGUAUCCAUGGAGGACGCCAUGCAGUCAUUCCACAAGCUGCGCAGCCGCGGCCUCCACAUCCACUACUGGCCCUGA